CACAGAAAGGCCCGGGUCGUGGUUCGAGUUUAGCAGAGCAUGAAAACUCGAAACAGACAGGGGUUCCAAAUCCUCCGAUUAGAGGAAACGAAGGGUUUUGCAGAACCGCCGAGAGCGGUACCAUGGAGAAGAUUGGGGCCACGGAAGGUCCGAAGCAACUUGAGGAUUGCUCUGUUUCGAAUGCAUUGGGAACAUGGAUCUUUUCUAUAGCUGGUGCUUUGCUUGCAAUUCCGGUAGGGAUAAAGAGGAAAUCGUUAGGCCCACUGGUCUUCUUUGGUACUACGGGAACAAUGCUUGACAUUAUCAUGGGUAUCACUGCUUGUGAAAGGGAGCACGCUGAGCGCCAAAUGAAGCUUUUGGAAGAACAGAGACUCGAAAACAUUGCUGCACCGGAGGCUGAAAAUGAACUCCAAUGAUGCCAAGGUUGUUAUCCUGUUAGCAUUGUGGCCUUUCUUUUUUACGAUUUUGUCCAACUUCUCAUGUUGAAAUAAAGGAGUUUCCAAAUGUGCUGAUUCUGGUAAAGAAUUCUGGUCUGGGAUCGAGGAAGAACCCAAGCGUCCAUCUCGCUCCCUCUAGAAAAUUUAUGAUUUUCUUCAGGACCCAUCACGGUGUUGGUAAAAAUAAUUGCAAAAUAGUGGCUCUGAAUUGGUGUGACGUGGCUAUUAUUCCGAUUGAGAACAAGCCAGUUUCCACGUACUAUAUAUAUUUACAUAAUUUGCUGCCAGGUCAAAAUGUGAAAUGAUCUUGUAAUUGAAUAUUUUUUGUUUCCUUAGCUAACGAUGAAACUAACGAUAUUCUGAAUAUUGUAAUGGCACUGCAUGUUGCCCUUGAACAUGGUGGAACUGCGAGUUUCAGACUUGUUAUACUUUUA